AUGGUUCGCUCCGGCCUCCCCGCUCUGCAGCAACAUCCCUCCUCGCGAGCGUGUCCAGCCCUGGCAGGCUCCGGAGCAGAUGCUGCCGCCGCUGCCGGGGGAGCGAGCUGGGACGCGAGGCGCACCCGCCAGUCUCCUUGGCCGUUGGCACCGGGCAGCCCCGAGCGAGGAGGAGCCUGCCGGAUCUCGGCGCUGCCCGGGACGACAACGGCCCGGGAGGGCGGUAGGUUGAAGGGACCCGCCACCCAUUGCAGGUAAAUGACAGCGAGCCGUUGCAUCAUUUAGGGAUCAUAGCCUCCCCAGUCCCUCGCCGCCAGCCAGCCAGCCAACCUGGGCAUAUUCUAAGCACAAUAGCUGUAUAGCUCCAACGCCCCUUCUCUCCCUAUCUGUGCCCUGCAAAAAUGAAAGAAAGAAGAGCUGGGGGGGGGGGGGGAGGUUGCAUGGGUGAAACUGAUGCUGCAACAAAUAGGGGCGGGUGUCAGGGAAGGGGAGAGACGGGGCUGAAACUGCUGAUGAUUCAGCAUCCUUUUCUGCAAAGAGGAGCUGAAGAAGGGAGCCCCAUGGAAAAGGACCCCACGAGAGCCCUUCUCCCCAGUUGCAGGAAAAGCCCCAUUGGAAGGUGAUGCCUAUAAGCCAUCUGGAAGAUCUGCAGUGGUCGUUCACCUUGCUUUGUCAUGUGCACCCAGAGCUCAGCUGCGCUUUGCUCUUUCUGAUUAUUGCCAUUAUUAUUAUUUUCUUGUUCUCCUUUCCCCUGCUUUUGGGAGAGAGAGGGGUGCUGCUGUGAUUUGCACUGUCUUAGCUGGGCUUUGUGGCACCGUUGCUGACAAAGAUGUUUUGCUGCGGAAAAGAAAGAAAGACAAAGAAAGAAAGACAUAAAAAUUCUGGAGAGGUUUUCUUUUCCCGUGUCAGGGAAAUAGGAGGUUGCAGGGAGGAGAGCCUCAGUCAAGAAUGUGUUGGGCCUAAAUGGUGAAAUGCAUUUGGAUAAAUGUCGUCUGAAUCUUUCUGAACGUGUUAAGUCAGAUCUUCUUAUUUUUUAUUUUAAGCCACGAUGACUGGAAGUUUUCAGCUUUGGUACAAUAUGCUUGCAUCUACGAUGGUGUCUUCAUUUUGAUAAGACGGAGGCACCUGUGUGAUAGAAACUAGAAAUGCACUGCUUGGCUUAUGCCUGCAGAAAUGGAAUAGGAUAGAAAGAAGGGGCAAUUUAUUGGCUGUGGACUCCCCACCCCCCUCGGUCUUCCAGCUAGAUAGAAAAUGAAUGUUUAUGGCUUUUUGCUUUCUUUUCUGAAGUAUAAGUAUGCAAAAAAUUUCCCCAGGAUAAUGUGGCUGUGCUAACUCAGGUUGUUGACAAUAAUAAACGAGAAGCACAAUAUGGAAAAAGCUGCCCGUCAUUCAGAAGAAAAUAUUUGUGAUAUGGGUGAUAAUAGCACUGACUGUGGUUGUAGGGAUUACAAUUAGGUAUGCAAAUGUUAAGUGUAGUAUUAGGUUGGGAGAAAUAUUAAGCUGUUGUGCAGGAAAGAAAAAAAUGGUUCAAGUGACCUCCAUCGUGCUGAAGCCAAAUAAUCCUUUAGAGGACAAAUGGGUUUGUUACGACUUCCAUGUUCUGAGCAAGGAUGCUGUCACCCUGAUUACACAGCAGAAUGUGAUGGGAUUAUUUUAGGAGGUGGAAACUUUAGGGCAAUGAUGUGCUAUUUUAAAAGAGCUGAGAAAUACAGUUAUUUUGAGAAGAUUCUAUGGGGCUUUCAGAUAAGGGAGAAAAGUGCUAAUGGGCUCAAUUUCAAGGGGAAGAAAUGCCUUUUCUUUCUUUCAGAGAAAUUGUGGUUGCUGUAGUGCCAGGGCCCAAUCUUGUAGGCAAAAAAGGAGCUUACAUUGCAGUCCUAUUGAAUUCAGUGGGGAGUGCAGCCCCUAACUCGCCCCACCCCCUGCCGCCGCUGCAGCCCUACAUACACUUACUACCUAGGAGAAAGCACCACUGGGACAUAGUUCUGGUUGGACAUGUAUCCGAUUGCACGGCCAGUCUUGGAAAGUGCAGAAUUCAAGUGCAGAAUAUGCAUAAGAAAAUGAAUGUAAAUAAUGGGAGAGGGACAGAGGACACCCUGUUAUCAAUUUGUACAACUACGACGCAAUCCGUGAUUAUUCUCACUUUCUUCAUCCUAUGUUAAUAUGCAAAAGUACUUUUUGGUUGUCUUCAUCCUUACAACAUCCACGUAAGGUAGAUCACUUUUUGGUCUGUUGAACAGCUGAAGACCUAAAGGAGAGAGAUGGUAUCUUCGUAAAACCCCUGGUGUAGUAGACUGGGUAGAAUUUAAAGCACUCUCUCAUCGGGCUGCAGGGCUACCCAUCAGCUUUUGUCUAGAACCAUUUCCAGUGGCAGAACCCUUCACUUUAAAUGGAACUUUGGCAGAACACUUGUCCAAGUAAAUUUCUUUUAACAUGAUUAAAAAUAAAAUAAAACCAGGGGAGGGUGUUGGUUAUUGGGAGAGCCAGCCAGAGUGGCAACUUUUAAAAGCAGCGACCUUAGUGGUCAGGGAAGCAUUGUUUACCCGACUUCCCAGCAUUGUACAGCAGUGAGCAGCGGAUCGGCUCCGCUUCUGCACCUGCACCCCACCAAGCUCCCCACAGCUUGCCCCCCUUCUCUUGGAAACGGGCCACGAUGCUCCCUCUGGCUGCCCUGCUGGCCACUACUGAAAUUUAAACCCUGGAAAGUGCAACGAGGGGAAAGGAAAGGAAGGGAUUCCUUCCUAGGACAAUAGCUUGAGUAGUUGCAUUUAAUCCCCACGGCUGCAGCUCAGUUGAAAUCAUACAAAAAUCUGCCUUUGCAAUUUUUUCUUAGCAGAGCUCCUUGAACUGCUUUGCAAAACCCCAGGGUUUUCUGUAGAAUACGGUUUGAGAAGCUUAUGCUUGGUACCAUAUCAUUUGUGAUUAUAGCAGUUAGUGUCUCUGGAUGCAAGAUCUUCUAGAUACUGAUUUCUGUAGUUUUGUUACGUCGCUCUGGCCAAGUCCUGAUGUUUCUGUUGCACAAGCUUCCUCUUUUUCCUACUGUGCUAUUCCUUGUGCUGAAGAGUAGCGAUCUCUUAUUUUUGAUGCUUCAGGCGUAAGGCUGUCUACCUGCCAAAGAACAGUGCCUUUGUGCAAGAGAAAAGUGUCCUGUCUCCCCUGGUCUCAGUAGCCUAUUGCAGCUGCCCCUAACCUAAUGUGUCCUCCAUAUGUUGUUGGAUUCCAACGCCAGCCUGAGUCAAGGAUGUUGGGAGUUGUAGUCCAUCAACAUCUGAUUGGGGAACGCUGGCUUGUUGCAACUAAGCCAAAGUCUGCAUCAUCAAAACAACUGCAUAGCCUCCCCUGUUUACUCCUGUCUUGCUUUCCCUGCUUUUCGAUUGUAAGCAGUGUUAGAAAUUCAGAUAUAUAAGCUAGGCGCCAAAAGCCUCCUUAAACAAAGGUUACAGUCGCCAAAAUGGAACGUCUAGUCGCCAUUUUGGGGCAAGACAGCUCUAAAGUCUUUUUUCCCCAAUGAUGGACUGACUGUGAUUCAUUCUCAAUUAAACACCUGGCAAGUUCAGAUGACAACCUCCAGCUAGGUUAAGAGCUUUGUGAACUCAAAGAAGAAAAGUCACUUUAUCCAGGGACAGUCCUACCUCUUUUUCUUAAUGGAGACACAGACCAGUCAUAAUGUAAGAAUAUUCUUCACAACUGUGAGCAGGGCAGUAGGGUGGGGGAAGUGAAGACGAGCGGCAGCAAUUAGCUCUUGCUCAGGCUGCACAGAAAAGGCACUUUGGUUCCUGAAAUUCAUUCUGAUGGUGCAGAUGAAAUAUAAAAGGUAGAAUUCUACAGGAUGUGGUAUUAGUGUGCGAAAAGAGUCAGGAGCCAAUGACCCCCAGGUAUGCACCUCCAGAUGACGAAGAUGUCAGGCGCCACGGUUGCAAGUGGCUGAUAGCCAAGUGCAAAAUGCGCCUGGCUAAUUUCAAACACUGAUUGUAUGCCUCUUCUGGGCAAAGACCUAAGAAACCUGUUGUCAGGGAACUGCCAUCAGCUCAGAGGCGAGAGGUGGAAGGGCAGCUGGGUUACAGGGAGCCUCCAAAGAUCGUGAGAAGCAGCACUUCCUCCGCGGAGGAGGGAAGCCCCGCCUCUAGUGGGGAAGAGAUGCAGGGCUCGGAGGAUGCAACAGAGAGCCAAGACACCGUGCAUGAGCAAAGCGGGGAGGGUAGGCAGGUCCCCCUUUACCCACGCCCUCUCUGCGCGGUAGGUUUACGGGCAGAGAGGGGAGGCGUCGGAUGGGGGUCAAGAGACUACUCUGCUGGGGAAGGUUUAAGGACCGCCCACUCCCAGAUUCUACUAGUGACUGAGCAAGACAUGGAAUUGAGACGUUCUGCACUGUAAAUGUUUUUGCACCGAUAAUAAAGCCUUUUGAAAAGACCAGUGGAGAUCUUGCCUGUUUGCUCUCGAGCAACCACGCCAGUAGGCAUAACAAUAGUGAUAAUAAAUGAUAUCAACAAUAGUAAGCUCCCCCAGUUGCGAAACGGUUCAAGCCACUUGGGGAAGAGGAAGGAAAGGCACUUGUACCAAAUUGAUAGGAGAACAAGAAGAAGAAGAAGAAGAAGAAGAAGCAGAAGAAGAAGAAGAAGAAGAAGAAGAAGAAGAAGAAGAAGAAGAAGAAGAAAAAGAAGAAGAAGAAGAAAUCUCCAAGGUGAACUAGACAUGUGUAGAUUCAGGAGAUCCAGUGUUUUCUGAGUGAACCCUCUUCAUCAGGGGCUUCUGUGCUCUUGGCUGCACAGUAAUUUCGAAACAGAAGGUUUCCACUAUUGUUGCUUUCAAGCCACUUGGCCUGAGCUCCCCUUGCCUUGCACCAGCCUUCCCCAACUGGGUGCCCUCCAGAUGUUGGACUACAGCUCUCCUCACACCUGACCAUUGGGCAUGCUAGCUGGGGCUAAUGGGAGUUGAAGUCCAGCAGCAUCUGGAGGGCACCAGCCAGUUUGAGAGGAAGGCUGCAUGGUGGCAGCAGUACAGAUGGCAUUUGGUGGAGAAAGAGCUCCAUAUGCACAGCAGUGUAGGGUGCAAACUUAUACAGUGGUACCUCGGGUUAAGAACUUAAUUCGUUCCGGAGGUCCGUUCUUAACCUGAAACUGCUCUUAACCUGAAGCACCACUUUAGCUAAUGGGGCCUCCCGCUGCUGCCAGAGCAUGAUUUCUGUUCUCAUCCUGAAGCAAAGUUCUUAACCCGAGGUACUAUUUCUGGGUUAGCGGAAUCUGUAACCUGAAGCGUAUGUAACCCGAGGUACCACUGUACAGGGUCAGUAGUUUCCUGGAUAGGAGUGCUAGACUGAAGAAAGGGAAGCAUGCUUUCCUGUUUUGUCAAUUGCCAAUUGAUUUCUGAAUGAAUGUCCAAAUACAUUUCUUUUAUCUGCACAAAAGCCUGCUGCUGUCUAGAUCCAUGUAUUAUAUACUUGGCAGUCUCUGGCCAUGCUUAAAAUGAUCUCGACAAAUUUAGCAGUGUAACUUCAAAAACAAACAAACAAAACCAAGCACCACUGCACUGGCAUACAAUGCAUACUUCUUAAAGUUUUGAAAUAUAUGUUAUUUCAUAUGGUUGAUGUUUGAUUUCUGGAUAUCCAGGUCAUGGUGACCGCCUCUACUUUAACGCUUAAGCAUUGCCAUCGGUGCUGGGAACUGAGAAUGUUGGCAAGAAAAUGAAUUGGCAUCGACAGUUGAUCCAUUUGUUUCUUUGACACCCAUAGUUUUAACUUUGUUUUCCCCACUGUACAUCCCUGACAUCUUUCUGAAAUUCAGCAGCAUGAGCAAAACAGCAACGAUAUUUCUGCAGUUUGCCCAAGGCUAUGGAAACUGGUGUCAGGAUAGUCAGCAUAUGUCCUGCCAUUUCUCUUUAAUCUACUUUUGGCUGUGCAGUUUCUGCCCUUUGUUGUGUCUUUCAACGCGGAUUGUCAUCAGAAUGGGCUGGUGGUACAUUAACAUGUUGCCCCCCCCCCGAAAAGCCACCUCCUGAAUUCAGCAGUAUAUAAUGGGAAAGAAGAGUUCCUUUUGCUUUCUGCAGAUAUGUUGAUGUACGCUUCAUAAGAAGUUGGCUACUUGAGCAGCAUAUUUUUAUCACCAGAGUAUUGAUUUCCAUGCAGUGUUUGUACUUGGGUGUGAAUACUUGCAGAAUGCGAGUUUGAGGUAUCAAAUGUAACUCAUACCUGCCUUCUUGUAACACAGGUGCAUGAGAUAAAGGUUGAUUGCAUCCUUUUUACAGCGGAACAGGCGUAGUAAUGCACACAUACAUUUACACUUUCCGCACCGUUUAAGCAUGCACAACGGAGUGCAGAAAUGCUUUGUAUGAACUGACCGUAGGAUUUUGGCUAAAAAUUAAAUCUGGUGGGCCAGUGUAAACCUUAUUAGUGCUGAGUUUUCUUCACUUCCAGAUCCCUUAGCAGCUCUGUUUGCUGCUUGCAGCAUUGUCUGGAACAAUGGGCCUAUGAAAUGCUGUUCAAUUUAUAAUUCUCCUUUAGUGUUCCUUCUGUUGCUGUGUCUGCAUUUCCCAGUGCAUUUCUCGUUUCUCUACUGUUGGCUAUAGUUUGUUUUAACCAUGCUUUGUUUUGUUUUCCAGUUGCGCCAGUUUCAAAGGCCUUCGCUGGUGUUGGGUGGUCAAACAAACCAUGGGAUGAAGAAAGGCUUUAGGCUCAGACAUAAUAGCUAAUGUAUAGAUAUGGAACAACAAACAUUGUGGCUUGUUGGCAGAAAACAAACCAUGGUUAUUUUGCUGGACUGCAUACACACCUUCAAACAAACCAUUAGUGGGCCAUGGCUUAUCAUUUUGUGUGAACCAGGCCAUAGGCAUUCAGUUGUGUCAAAGCAGGGAGAACUGUACAGGCGACGUUUGAGUUAUGUGUCUCCAUCACCAUCUGCAUUACAGUGCUCAUCUGGGUGCCGUUGAACUGGCUGGAUGCCUACACAUAGGUAAAAUUGGGAGGAGAAGCUUUUCUAGGGGAAAGAUUUUGGUGGGCUGAGUGCAGCUUAUGUGCCCACCCUACCCAACAAUCACAGGCUUAGUGAUGAACUAAGCACAAUUUUUUAGUUUUGAACGCAUGGAGAACACAUCUGUCUUCAUUUCAGACUUUCGAUCUGCAGUCAUUAUGAUUAGACUGUUUUGAGGAUAGAGAUUUUCGCAAUUUGCUAAAAUACGCAGAGCUGUGAAAAAUAAUACAGUUGACAACUUUAAUACUGUACAAUGUUUUCAGCCAGCCUCACAACUUAGUUUUUUCUGGCUUUUCCUUGCGUAUGUAUCAGAAGGGGAAAUGAUUUAAAACAAAAACCCCCAAUAAUGUAUUUUGAAUCAUUGUGACCCUUUCUGGGACAUUAUGGUGAAGGGAAGACAAUAAACCUAAUAAAUUUAAAACAAUGCUCCACCCCAAAUGAAAAAUAACCCUUUCUAUAAGCAUUGGCCUGAGACAUCCUUCAGUGCUUCAGCUGCUUACAGCCCAACCUAUAUGCAUGCUUGUUUGAAAACAAAUCCGACUGAGUUCAGCGAGAGUUCAGUGGUGCGUAGGAUUGCAGCCUUAGGCUUCAAUGACAUCUUAUGUUUUAAUGGGUACACACUAUAGAUCUGCUUUGCAUAUGCUCUAAAACUAGUGUUUGAAGUGGAAGCAUACAUUUAUUUCACCUGCAAAUAUAUCCUGCCGAGAGCUGUGAUUGUCAGUCUUUUUUCCUCACAGACGCUCUAAAUGUAAUUUUCAAGCUUAUUUCUCCAUGCAGGGAAGUCUCACCCCCCUCCCUCCCUGAAUUGGCUCUCAUUUCCUGCUUCUUACAUUGCUGCCGGUGCUGAGCUUGCUUGGGAGGUGGUACUAAGACAAGGGCAGGAUUGUGACCCAGUGGAAACUGCCUCCCCGCGAGAGAGUUCUUAAUUGUUUUGUUUUUUUGGGUUGUGUUCUGAGACAAUAUGGAAUACACACUUUGGAAAAUGAACCAGUCUUCUGGAAGAAAGACAUAUGUAACACAAAUUUAGCCAUGUGUCAACAAAGUUAUUUUUACAUUUGCUGUGUGUGUGGAGGAUACUGUACUAGCUAUAUUCUUCUAUGGUCAUAUUAGUCUGUGUUUACUUCCAAAUUUGUCCUUGAACUGACAUUUGCGUCUAUUUUUAGCUGCUAAGAAGCAUAGCUACAUGCUUUAUUGUGAAGGUUUUCAUUUUGUUUUGAAAAGCACCUAUGGCCUAGUUUGCUGGUACAUGCGCUUAUUUUGAUCGCAGGGAUGGAAUAGGUUUCCCUUACUCCAUGGCCUGCAGCUUUUAAAUGAGUAUGAACCAUCAGAGUACAGAGGGGACUUAAAAUAUGCAAAUGGAGCUUAUAAAAUGGUCUUCAAUUGUUAUUAGUGACUCAGAGGCCCACCUUUUAACCCCACCUGGAAAUACGAGAUCCACUUCUAAUUUUCCACCUGAUGUGUGGCUGAUACCAGAAGUAUCCACGCAAGGAUAUUGCCUACCUUGGAUGCAUUUUGUGAAUGUCCCAAAAGGCAGGGGGAAGAAGGCAAGUUUUGGUAUUAAUAGUGGCUUCUCCCACACAUGGGAAAACUUGUCAGUUUUCAGACGCCCACAAGAUGCAUUAGGAUCCUGUCAACACUCGUCUGAGUUUCCAACAGUAGCAGCAUUUCUGUGUGUUCAGAAAUCACUUUCUCUCUCUUCCAUCUUUCCCCCUCUUUCCACAUUUCUGGAGCAAUGUUGAAACAUGAAGAUAGAGAGGGAGGAGGAGGGAGGUAGCAGGGCUGCAGGUGUUGCAGGUGGUUGCAGCACACAAUUAGAGCAUACCCUCCAAGUUUCCCUAUUUUCCAGGGACGGUCCUGGAUUUCCAUAAGCCGGAAUGGCCCGCUCUUCCUUAAAGGUAAAGGGACCCCUGACCAUUAGGUCGAGUCGUGACCAACUCUGGGGUUGCGGCACUCAUCUCGCUUUAUUGGCCGAGGGAGCCGGCGUACAGCUUCCGGGUCAGGUGGCCAGCAUGACUAAGCCGCUUCUGGAGAACCAGAGCAGUGCACAGAAACGCCAUUUACCUUCCCGCCAGAGCGAUACCUAUUUAUCUACUUGCACUUUGACGUGCUUUCGAACUGCUAGGUUGGCAGGAGCAGGGACCGAGCAAUGGGAGCUCACCCCGUUGCGGGGAUUUGAACCGCCAGCCUUCUGAUUGGCAAGUCCUAGGCUCUGUGGUUUAACCCACAGCGCCACCUGCGUCCCAACUUGCUCUUCCUUAGGAUGUCCCUAUUUUCAUCAGAAAUGUUGGAGGGUAUGUUAGAGAAGUGUAGUAGCUCAAACAGUGCCACAUGGUACUCCCCCUCUUCAUCUACCCCGAGGAAGAGUUCUGUGCAACACAAAAGCUGAUGUGCUUAAUCGUGAAGGUUUCCUUUUACUGACCCUGCGAACACGGUGCACUAAUUCCUUCCAAAGUUGAAAGCAGAAUAGGACAAAAGCGCAAAACUGGUAGAGGGGUGUGUGUGUUAAAGUGACCUAGUUUAAAAGAGAGGGAGGGAGGGGGAGGGAGGGAGAGAAAGAGAGAAGUUAUUGCUGAUGCUCUUUCUCCUUCAUGUAUCUGCAGUGCUCUCUUAAGUGGUUGUACCAGUGAGAAGAAGAAAUUCUGUUCUUAGAAAAAUCGAUCUGCUAGACUCUGAAGUAAAUGCUGGGGCAGCAGUACAGCCAACACCAGUGAGCACAUUUUGAAGAUAAAGCACAAAAGAUGUGCUUACCUUUAGAUCUUUCAUCCUUUGACAGUAGAGAGCAAGGCUGUUUGAAUAACUCUGUUUUUGACAGCUAAAUCCUUCUCAGAGAUCUGCUUUAUGAAUACAGGGGUUUUUAAACAUGUGACCAAGAUUCCUAGGCAGCGGUGAUACAUGACUUCUUCUUCUUCUUCUUCUUCUUCUUCCUCUUCCUCUUCUAAGAAAUGCAUUUGACUCCCUUGGCCUGAUUUUGACUAUGCCUACAUGCUGUGCGAUUUAAAGAUUAUAAUGUCCGAGGAUCCCGCGUUGGGCUGUCAUUAUGGCUUUCAUUCUGUACAGUGGCCAGCGCUAAUCAUCAUAACUGUUAUGUACUGAAGUUCUCUCCCAGGGCUGGCAGGGGGAUCCUGUAGAUAGUUUUCACUCAGGUCCACAUAUGCAAAUAAGGAAUUGAAAGUGACGUUCAGUGAUUGGAUAGUUACAGAAAGCUGUUACUGUUCGUUGUAGUGGAGCUCUAUAUAAGCAGGCUGGCUGAACCCUUCAGCCCAGUUCUGUUCUGGCCUGUGAAUAAACAAGAGCUGUCUGAAGAAUCGCUGUGUUGUCUGAUAUGUUCACCCACAACUUAACAAUAACUAAGGCUUGAUGGAGGGGAGAAGAGGACGUUUCAUCUAAAAUGUCAAUCCAGCCCCUUUGGUUCAUGAAAAAGGAUCCUUUGGGCACCCAUUUACUUGUCUUACCGGCACUGCAUCUGUUUUACACUGCGGCAAGGCUGCCUUGUGCAGAGUUCAGGCUGAAUACUAAUAGGGGGCAGAGCUCUGAUGUUGCUUCAGCGGCAGUCAAACUUGGGCUGAGCAGUUGUGUCCCAAUCGCAAGCUGUGCCUUCCCCUAAAGGUGCCUUUUCAGUUAAAGGGGACCAGUCCACACCAGCAGUCUUUUUACUUUGUUGGAGCUGGGGAGAAUCUGGUCUUCCAGGGGCUUCUGGGCUGGAAUCGUCUGAGUUGGAGUAUGGUUGAACCCUCAUCCUAAAUGAUUCAAUAUUUCUUUUUGACUGUGCAGAGUGUUUCACGAAUACCGUGUCAGUAAUCCUUGUGACAACCAUGUGUUGUUGUUGCCACAUUGCCAUGCAAAUGCCUGUGGCUGAUUAGGAGAGGCUUGCCUGAAGGGACCUGCCUUCUGUGUAAACAUGGUCCAGCUGCGAGUUGAGGCAGGCAUUUAUGCAUUUCCCAGAUUGUAAUGCUGCGCCAGCCGUAGCAAAGCAUAUGCAAGUUUUGAUUUGGAGAAUUGUAGAGUUGGAAGGGACCACAAGGGUCAUCUAGUCCAACCCUCCACAGUGCAGGAAUAUUUUGCCCAACAUGGGACUCACGAGCCUGAGAUUAAGCGUCUCGUGCCGUACCAACUGAGCCACUCUCACCUUCAGAGAAUACAUUAGCAGGACGUGGGUGGCGCUGUGGGUUAAACCACAGAGCCUAGGACUUGCCAAUCAGAAGGCUGGCGGUUCGAAUCCUCGCGACAGGGUGAGCUCCCAUUGCUUGGUCCCUACUCCUGCCAACCUAGCAGUUCAAAAGCCCAUCAAAGUGCAAGUAGAUAAAUAGGUACCGCUCCGGCGGGAAGGUAAACGGCGUUUCCGUGAGCUGCUCUGGUUCGCCAGAAGCAGCUUAGUCAUGCUGGCCACAUGACCCGGAAGCUGUACGCCGGCUCCCUCGGCCAAUAAAGUGAGAUGAGCACCACAACCCCAGAGUCGGCCACGACUGGACCUAACGGUCAGGGGUCCCUUUACCUUUUAAAUGCAUAUUUAGAAAUAUAUUUUGUUUCUGUGGUGACAUUUUGGUUCUAAAUUGGAUGGAAAGGAGAAGGAAGAAGGGACCCCAAGCCUGGGGUGGGGUUUGGGUGAGAGAGGCACAAAAGUUCCUGAAAGGUUUAGAGAGUGUACAUGUGCCAUUUUCUGGGUGGUUCCCCCCCUCCAUCCUGCUUUUUUUUCUUUCCUGCAAGUGAUAAACAGCAGAGCUCUUUGUGGCAGAGCAAGUCAGGCUACAAUACAAUUGCUAAAUGCUAAGCACCUCUCUAAACUUUGGGGAACUCUUGCAGGUGCUCAUGCUUUGAAAUGGCUUCUCUGAAUUUGCCUCCUAAUCAGCAGUGGGGAAAUUGUGUUGGUGGAAGAGGCAUGUUCGGCUCAGCUCUAAAUCUUCCGUUGUACAGUGGUACCUCGGGUUUCAUACGCUUCAGGUUACAUACGCUUCAGGAUACAGACUCCGCUAACCCAGAAAUAGUACCUCAGGUUAAGAACUUUGCUUCAGGAUGAGAACAGAAAUCGUGCUCUGGCGGCGUGGCGGCAGCAGGAGGCCCCAUUAGCUAAAGUGGUGCUUCAGGUUAAGAACGGACCUCCGGAACGAAUUAAGUACUUAACCUGAUGUACCACUGUACUGCAGUUUCCCAUCUAUUUAAAAGAAAAGUUGUCUGUCAGAGCAGACUCCUGAAAUGUUUGCGGCAUAUUGCGAGAUAUUUCUCUCUCUUCCAAGCAUCGGAGAAUUCCUCGUGCAUAAAAAUACACGGUCACCAGAUCACGUUUGUUCUUAAAUGCUGGUUUUAGUAAUUACAUGAGCACAAAGCUUUCCUGCUAACUUCGCGAGUGGCUCUUCCUGCAUGGUGCUGAGUUCUGGCACCAGCAUUUCAAGGCAUGACGAAGACUGGGCACCCUGAGGUCAGGGUUUGCAGUGACUUGAAAUUACAGAUCCAGUGGACCUUGCAAUGUCGUCAUGCUUGUUGCUUGGAGGCAGCAGAAAGUUAGCUUGUAAAUUGAGCUGGGUUUUUCAUGGCUUUGCUUCGGGGUAAUUGAGGUCGAGAAACACGUGUUUCUGAAUACUCAGACCCUCCAUUUCCAUUAAUGCAGGGAAGGGAGUCAAUUCCUUGCUUGACCCUCCCAUUUGUUUUGCAGUUAAGGUGCCAUUUUAUGUUUGGAGUCUGGUUUGACAACGUGGGCUUCCAGGUGUGGCCUGUCUGUUUUCAGGUGAUUCCAGGUUCAGUGUCUAUUAUCUCUAGGGAGGGCUAGGAAAGGCUCUUCAUUGAAACCACUGUGAUCCAGCACAGAACAGGCACCUCCUUAGCUUCAUAAAUUGAAGCUGACUCCUGAAAAGACAGAGGCGUUAUGCGUGCUGAGUUCUCAAAUCUGUGAGGUGGUAAGAUGCCCUGCUCUGGGUGGGGUUGCAGUCCUCUGAAAGGAGCAGGUCCAUAGUUUGGGGACUGGAUCCAACCUUAUCCCUGGAGGCUCAGGUAGCUUUGGUGACUAGGAGUUCCUUUUUCCAGCUCUGGCCAGCUACAGACCUUUUGGACAUAGAUGAUUUGUCUACGGUACUCUAUGCUCUGGUUGCUUCCAAAUUGGUCUAUUGCUAUGUGUUCUAAAUGGGCCUGUCAUUGAAGACAACUCAGGAGCUUAAACUGAUCCAUUUUUUUUACAUUGGUGUGACUCGCCCUGGUACCUUCUGGUGAAGGGUGGGUGGUGGUGGUGGUAGUAGUAGUAGUAGGAGGAGUAAUAAUAAUAAUAAUAAUAAUAAUAAAUAAAUAAUAUGAUGUGUGUGUUCCUGUGUCUCUAAAGUUUACCUCUGAUUCUGGACUUGUAAAAGAGUAUUGGGAAAUGAUCCAUAAUGACUUGAAGAAAUGUUUAAAAGUACUCUCCCAAAAAACCCAGAGUCCUUUCUGUUGGGGAUAAUUCAGACUGAAAUUCCCAGGUUAUUUAUGUAUGCUACUACUGCGGCCCGUGUUUUGUUAGCCCCAAAAUGGAAAACGAGCAAGGUCCCAACUAAAGAAUAAUGGAAACUUAAGUUGACAGAAUAUGCGCAGCUUGCAGACUUAACAUAUAGAAUAAGAGAUCAAGAAGAACAUACAUUUAAAGAAGAUUGGAAAAUGUUUGUUGAAUAUAUGGGAAAUAAUUGUGUACAGCUGAAAACACUGUAAACAAGUUUUGAUGGAUGCAAUAAUGGAAUAAUGAGUAGUAUAGUUUUUGUAAAAUAUGCAGGGAUUUAUGAUAUGUAAAAUGAACCAUGGAAAGAGAAGAAGGGAAGAUUGAUAUCUUAAAGAUGCUGGUCUUCAAAGUCCUAGUCCAGCCCUACAACUACUACACUUUAGGAAAACAAUAUAAGGGGAAAUUAUAACCCCACCCCUCCUAGUCCUGCUGUCCCAAUCCAAUUCACUUGGCUGCAUUUGGGGGGCUGGGGCUGGGUGGAAUUAAAGGAAAAGGCCAUCUGAAAAUGGCUCACCAAUAUUUUUUCUAGUUAGGACCUUAUUGCAGUUGGGUGUAGGAACUAUGUCUCCAAGGACAAGGAAAGGCUGCUUGUUAGCAGCUGCUCUGAUUUUUUUCUUUUGUUACAUAAUCAACACUUUUUGAACUAAUGAGUUGAAUCACAACGAUUAUGUUGUUCCUGCAAUCUGCUGGCAGCAACUGAAAACAUGAAACCCUUUGCAAAAAUAGCCAAGGUGAUGUUCUAAGAAUGGCUGGCUGAUUUGCAAUGUGUUCCUUUAAAACGAAUCAGUUGAAAGGCCAGUUGUUGAUUUCCCUUCCCAAUAUGCAUUGCUGAAAUCAUAGAAUCAUAGAGUUGGAAGAGACCACAAGGGCCAUCGAGUCCAACCCCCUGCCAAGCAGGAAACACCAUCAGAGCACUCCUGACAUAUGGUUGUCAAGCCUCUGCUUAAAGACCUCCAAAGAAGGAGACUCCACCACACUCCUUGGCAGCAAAUUCCACAGUCAAACAGCUCUUACUGUCAGGAAGUUCUUCCUAAUGUUUAGGUGGAAUCUUCUUUCUUGUAGUUUGGAUCCAUUGCUCCGUGUCCGCUUCUCUGGAGCAGCAGAAAACAACCUUUCUCCCUCCUCUAUGUGACAUCCUUUUAUAUAUUUGAACAUGGCUAUCAUAUCACCCCUUAACCUCCUCUUCUCCAGGCUAAACAUGCCCAGCUCCCUUAGCCGUUCCUCAUAAGGCAUCGUUUCCAGGCCUUUGACCAUUUUGGUUGCCCUCCUCUGGACACGUUCCAGUUUGUCAGUGUCCUUCUUGAACUGUGGUGCCCAGAACUGGACACAGUACUCCAGGUGAGGUCUGACCAGAGCAGAAUACAGUGGCACUAUUACUUCCCUUGAUCUAGAUGCUAUACUCCUAUUGAUGCAGCCCAGAAUUGCAUUGGCUUUAGUUGCCGCGUCACACUGUUGGCUCAUGUCAAGUUUGUGGUCAACCAAGACUCCUAGAUCCUUUUCACAUGUACUGCUCUCAAGCCAGGUGUCACCCAUCUUGUAUUUGUGCCUCUCAUUUUUUUGCCCAAGUGCAAUACUUUACAUUUCUCCCUGUUAAAAUUCAUCUUGUUUGUUUUGGCCCAGUUCUCUAAUCUGUCAAGGUCGUUUUGAAGUGUGAUCCUGUCCUCUGGGGUGUUAGCCACCCCUCCUAGUUUGGUGUCAUCUGUAAAUUUGAUCAGGAUGCCCUUGAGUCCAUCAUCCAAGUCGUUGAUAAAGAUGUUGAAUAAGACCGGGCCCAAGACAGACCCCUGUGGCACCCCACUAGUCACUCUUCUCCAGGAUGAAGAGGAACCAUUGAUGAGCACCCUUUGGGUUCGAUCAGUCAGCCAGUUACAAAUCCACUGAGUGGUAGCAUAGUCAAGACCGCAUUUUACCAGCUUCUUUACAAGAAUAUCAUGGGGCACCUUGUCAAAUGCCUUGCUGAAAUCAAGGUAGGUUACAUCCACUGCGUUCCCUUCAUCUACCAGGCUUGUAAUUCUGUCAAAAAACGAGAUCAGGUUAGUCUGACAUGACUUAUUUUUCAGAAAUCCAUGCUGACUAUUGGUGAUCACAGCAUUCCUUUCUAGGUGCUCACAGACUGUUUGCUUAAUGAUCUGCUCCAGAAUCUUCCCUGGUAUUGAUGUCAGACUGACUGGGCGGUAAUUAUUUGGGUCCUCUCUUUUCCCCUUUUUGAAAAUAGGGACAACAUUUGCCCUCCUCCAGUCUGCCGGGACUUCGCCUGUUCUCCAGGAAUUCUCAAAGAUGACUGCCAGUGGUUCUGAGAUCACAUCUGCCAGUUCUUUUAAUACUCUUGGAUGCAGUUCAUCUGGCCCUGGAGACUUGAAUACAUCUAAACCAGCCAAGUAUCCUUGUGCUAUCUCCUUAGUUAUUCUGGGCUGUGUUUCCUUUGCUGAAUCAUUUGCUUCAAAUUCUUCAGGUCGGGCAUUGUUUUCUUUAUCGGAGAAGACUGAGGCAAAGAUUCUAUGAUUCUAUGAUUCUAAAGAAGGCAUUGAGGAGUUCAGCCCUUUCUGUGUCCCCUGUUUGCAUUUCACCAUCUUCUCCUCUGAGUGACCCCACUGUUUCUUUGUUCUUCCUUUUGCUACGAACAUACCCAUAAAAGCCUUUUUGUUGCUUUUAACCUCUCUAGCAAGCCUGAGUUCAUUCUGUGCUUUAGCUUUUCUGACUUUGUGUCUACACGUGCUGGCUAUUUGUUUGAAUUCCUCUUUGGUGGUUUCCCCCCUUUUCCAUUUUGUACACAUCCUUUUUUAAUCUUAACUCAGUUAAAAGUUCUUUAGAUAGCCACCCUGGCUUCUUUAGGCACCUUCCAUGUUUCCGUCUCAUUGGUAUUGCCUGAAGUUGUGCUUUUACUAUCUCCCUCUUAACAAACUCCCAGCCAUCAUGAACUCCCUUUCCUUUUAGUAUUACUGUCCAUGGGAUCUCACCCAGCACUUCCCUAAGUUUUAUGAAGUCGGCUUUCUUAAAGUCAAGAAAUUGAGUCCUAGUAUGCUAGGCUGCUCCUUUCCGCUGUAUAGUAAACUUCAGAAGAGCAUGAUCACUCGCGCCUAAUGAUCCUUCCACUUCUACCCCACUAACCAGGUCAUCAACAUUGGUUAGGACCAGAUCUAAAAUGGCUGUUCCUCUUGUUGCUUCUCCCACUUUCUGGACAAUGAAGUUGUCUGCAAGGCCAGUGAGGAAUCUGUUUGACCUUAUGCUCUUGGCUGAGUUUGACAUCCAACGAAUAUCCUUUUCUCAGAUUAGCCUGAUAUUGCAUAUGCCAUGUUAUUACAUUUUGGAUGGGAAGUGGACAAGUCCAGAUCUCAACAAUCAAAUAAUUUGGCCCAGCCCAAGACCUUAUCAGAGAUGCUCUGGAGAGACAUUCUCUGGCCUUUGCCUGGUUCUAGCAACUUGUAAAGGGAGGCAAGAUAAUGUAUUGGCCCAAAGUCAGGUUGUCAUACCUUUUCUCUCACUCUGUAUAAGCCAUGGUUUGUUUAACUCGGUUAGUUCAUUUGUUUUACUUCUGACUCUGACCCAGCUAACCAUGGUUUGUUUGAAGCUGACCCAGCUUGGAGAUCUAUCUUUGCCUAGUAAGCCAAGAUAUGCACGAGCCCUGUGCUUGCAUACUUUCUUUUCACGUCACUGCUUUCACCCUCUCUUUUUGGUACUCCAUGGUCGAAGAGUUCCUGGGUUAAUUAACCUUGGUUGCCCAUUAUGUCCAAACUGUUUUGGAGCAAAUUGUGAUCUGAAAUGAUGGUUUCAAAUCCUGCUUUCCUUCAGUUCUGGCAACCAUAGUGUUCUGGUUUGGACAUAAUGGGAAGAUACGGUAAUUUGUUCCAGGAAGUAUUCAACCAUGGCAUACUGUGGUGGUGGUAAGGAGUGGCGCAAGGCUUCUGCACAUCUCAGCUUAAUAAUCCAACAUGAAUGUCCAGAGACCAAGCCAACAUUUCCUACCUUGGCACUGUUGCAUGCUGAUUAAGACCGGAGGCAGGUAAUGUUUUUAAAAGAGAGUUGGAAGUGGCAAGAGAGCAGCAUCAUGGUUUUCUGUGGCGAACAACACACAUGUUACUUUUGUCCCUCUAUCGUCUGUGGGCUUCUGAAACAAUGCAAAAGCCUUUUACCAGAGGCAAAAGUGAGUCAAGUACAUGUAUCAUGAGUGGGAAUCUUAAAAGACUCAGUUCUCUUUCUGGAGGGACGCGGGUGGCGCUGUGGGUUAAACCACAGAGCCUAGGACUUGCCGAUCAGAAGGUUGGCGGUUCGAAUCCCCGCGACGGGGUGAGCUCCCGUUGCUCGGUCACAGCUCCUGCCAACCUAGCAGUUCGAAAGCACAUCAAAGUGCAAGUUGAUAAAUAGGCAGGAAGGUAAAUGGCGUUUCCUUGCGCUGCUCUGGUUUGCCAGAAGCGGCUUAGUCAUGCUGGCCACAUGACUCGGAUCCCUUGGCCAAUAAAGCAAGAUGAGCGCUGCAACCCCAGAGUCUGCCACGACUGGACCAAAUGGUCAGGAGUCUCUUUACCUUUACUUUUACCUUCUCUUUCUGGAAGCUUUUUCAGAGAGCUGAAGAUUUAAUAGAGAAUGGAGCUUUCUGCCCCAGUGCUGAUGAGCAUUAUGUUCAUCUACCCGUUGUAUAUUUUUAAUCCUCCUGAAUGAACAAAAUAGGCUGUGUUGAUGGCGUCCCCUGCACUUCAGUGCAAGAGGCCAAGUUUUUCCUGCUCAUCAUUUACAUUAAUGCCAUUCUGUAGCUGUUCUUCGAGUGCCUGCUCCUUGUCAUCUGCGAGCUUUUUUGUUUAUAGUCCAGAUAAGCUAUUGGGAGUACAGUAUGUGCAGUCAAGUCCAUAACUGGCCAGAAAAGCACUGUGGCUUGUAAUGCACUCAAGACUUCCUCCUACCCUUUCAAAACUGUAAUAUAUUAUGCAUCAGUCGGGAGCAUAGUAGAGCUUCUGUCAUCAUUAUUAAUCUGUCAUGUUAGCAAAAAAGUGGUUUCUUUCCUGAUAGCUAUGUGGUUUUCCCUCCCUUCCCGUGACCAUGUAGCAAGUUUAAAUUGGCUGUGGCUUGAAUUUGACAGGCUUGGUACUUUUACAUCGUAGCUACAUUUUGCACAAUGCUACUUGAUGUAACUUUGGAAUAAAGAGAAUGUCCAUGGGUGACAGUCAGCUAAGUUUUACUCAAGAGUAGGUCAAUGGUCUUCAGCUGGUUCAGACCCACCUCAGACACCCAACCUUCAACUAUGCUGGGCAACAUCCGGGGAAUUUAGUGGCUGUAAUGAUUAUUUUGCAUGUCUUCUCUAAAACAAUAUGUGAGAUCAAAUUUUAACGCAAUAAACACCGGAACACGUUUUGGAAAAUUCCACCUUGAAGUUUAUGGGUUGGAUCUGAAGGUUCUCUUCCUUUGACGCUAGAAUCCGAUUCUUAUUCUGUACCUCUUAUUCUGUACCUUUAAAAACAAACAAAAAACCCACUGCUUUCUAACCUUGCAUUUUACUUUGUUAUUCGUAAUGGGUUCAUGUCUUUAUUAAACGCAGGCACCUGUUUCUUUAUCGGAACUGA